AUGGCAUCCAGCACCGCCAAUGGGUCUACAGACGCCCCGCCGAAAUCUAUCGUCAUCAUUGGCGGUGGCAUCAUAGGCGCAUCUACUGCAUACUACCUCACGCGGCACCCAAAGUACAACCCUAACAGAGACUCCAUCACCAUCCUCGAAGCAACGGGUAUCGCAUCCGGAGCGUCGGGAAAGGCCGGUGGCUUGCUCGCUCUUUGGGCCUACCCAAGUUCACUUGUGCCGCUCAGUUUUCGCCUCCACAAGGAACUCGCUGCCGAGCACGAUGGGGCUACCAGAUGGGGCUACCGGGCCCUCGGUGUUGGCUCCAUUGAUUGCGUCGGCCGACCCAUAUCGGCUAGCCGCAUUCCCGGCAAAGGCGAGGAAGUCCAAGGUGUGCAUGAGUCUUCUAUAUCAGGUACGGGGGAUGGCAACGUCAGCCUGCAAAAGCGGAGCGCCGAAUCGUAUAAGCGUCUACGGAAGAUUGGCCUCCCCUCUGAUCUCGACUGGGUAUCAUUCGACGCUGCUCGCGGAUACGAUUCCAUGGGCUCAGAGCGCGACACGGCACAGGUCCAUCCCUUGCACUUCACGACCUCCAUGGCAGACCUAGCAACCGAAAAGGGCGCCAAAGUCAUCAUUGGCAAAUGCACCUCGAUCGGCACCAAAUCCAAACAAGUCACAUACACCACCACCACCACCUCCCCAUCAGAACCACAAGUCCUCUCUGCGACCGACAUCAUCAUCACCGCCGGGCCCUGGACCCCCCACAUCUACCCAUCUGCCCCAAUCGGCAACACACGCGCACACUCUGUCGUCAUCACCCCAACGCGCGAGAUCUCGCCCUACGCGCUCUUCACCUCCAUCUCCCUCCCCAAGAACUACAAAGCCGGCGUCCCCUCGCGCGCCCAACACGUCACGCCCGAAAUCUACGCCCGCCCCUUCAACAGCGUCUACGCCUGCGGCGAAGGCGACCACCUCGCACCCCUCCCGUCCUCCACCGCCGACGUCGAAUGCGACGCCUCGCGCUGCCAGGACAUCAUCGACCACGUCUCCUCCAUCUCGGACGAGUUGCGUGAUGGCACCGUCACCGCCCGCCAGGCGUGCUAUUUGCCGCUCGUUGAGGUUGGGGGCGGGCCCCUAGUGGGUCCCACGGCGGACGAGGGCGUCUGGAUGGCCACGGGCCAUACGUGCUGGGGCAUCCAGAACGGGCCUGGGACGGGCAAGCUGAUGAGUGAGUUUGUCAUGGAUGGGGAGGUCGCGUCGGCGGACGUCAGGGGCUUGGAUCCGAGGAGGGUGUUGUGA